AUGACAAGUGAACAUAUAGAAUCUAUAACAAGAAUUGAAAAUGCUCGUUAUCAAAUAAAAUUAUGUCAAAAAGAAAAUUUUUAUCAUUUAUUAAAAGAUCGUGAACUUGAUCCAUGGACACAAACACGUCUUGAUUCAAUUAAAAAUAAAUAUGACCAAGUUAAACAUAAUUUUAAUGUUUUAUUACAAUUAACACAUAAAACAAUACAUAAUAAAUCAUUAUCUAGAAAUGAUAAUGAUAUUGAAAAUGAAGAUUUUCUACCUGAUUUAGAACUAUUAAAUACAUCUCAAACAAUGAAACAAGAAAUUCAAAAACGUCUACGUGAACUUAGUCAUAAAGUAUCUGAAAUAGAAAAAGAUUUACAAAUUAUUUAUACAAAAUUCAAUAAAGAUUUAUUGAGUAGCAAACAAAAUGAUUCAAAUUUAACAAAGACGAUAAUGUCGUCUCAGAAAUUAUUUCAUCCAUUAGAUUCAGAAAUUUUAUCACAUUUACAUGUUACUCAUCCAAAUAUUAAUGAAAUUUAUGUUCCACAAUCACCAUUAAUUCAUUUAUCAUCAGUAAAUGAACAAAAAAAAUCUUCAACUAUUGAAAUAACUAAACCACAAACACCUAUACAAACAAAUUCUUCACCAACAAUUGAAUCUGAAAGUUUUAAACAAAUGUUACGUAUUGUUCGAGCAUCAAUCGAUCUAUAUUCUGGUGCAGCAAGUCCAGAACCAUUACGUGAAUUAUCAAAUACGACUUCAACAACUCCAACAACAACAACAUCUGUUCAAUCAAUAUCUCCAACAACUAAACCAAUUAUAUCGACUAGUCUAAGUUCAUUCGGUUCAAAACCAAUACUUGGUAGUAAUGCACUUAAUAUAACACUUCCUACAUCAUCGACUACUCCAUUUGGUAUUACUACAGUAACAACAACAAAUAACGGAUUAUUAUUUGGUAAUGUUUCUAUUACAACUACAUCUGCUCCUAGUUCAUUGAUUACAACAACAGCAACAUCCGCAACUCCUACUCCAUUUGGUAUGGGAUUUGGUGCUCCUACAACUGCAACAACAUCAGCUUCUACUCCAUUUGGUACCGGAUUCGGUACUCCUACUACAACAACAACUGCGGCAACAUCAGUUUCUACUCCAUUUGGUACUGAGUUCGGCACACCUACGACUCCAGCUCCAGGAACAUCAGCAUUCAGUACUGGUCUAUUUGCUACUGCAACAACUUCAGCUUCUACUCCACUUGGUAUUAGCUUGGGCUUUCCUACUAUUACAACUGCAACAACAUCAGCAUCGGGCACUGGUCUAUUUGGUGCUCCAGCAACAUUAACAUCAACUUCUAAUCUAUUUGGCAGCGGCUUCAAUACUUCUACUGCAACAACAUCAGCACCUAGUACUAGUCUAUUUGGUAGUGCAUCAAUAACAUCACCUUUUAGUCCAUUUGGUAGUGGAUUCAGUGCUGCUUUAACAAGUACGGCUCCUAGUACUAGUACAUUUGGUAGUACAACAACAGCAUCCCCAUUCGGUGGUGGAAUUGGUGCUAGCUCGACAGCAUCUCCAGGUGCAACAUUUGGUGGUUUUGGUUCUUCUUCAACAGCAUCAGCAUCGGAUACGAGUGUAUUUGGUAGUAGUGGUUUUUCAUUUACUUCAACUGCUAAAUCAACAGCUGGUACUUCAUUAUUUGGUAGUAGUAGUAGUAGUACACCUGCAUUUGGUAGUAGUUUUUCUGGUUAUGGCACGCAAGCAAAUGUGUCUGGAUCGUCGACUGGUUUUUCAUUUGGUGGAUUUGUUGGUGCUCAACCUGCAGAAACAACAACACUGACAACAACACAAUCAGGUUUUGGUUCUUUUGAAUCACCACCUCCUACAUCAUCACCAUUUGGUGGCUCAAUGUUUGGAGAAACACCUGGACAAACAACUGGUUUUGGUACAGCAACAUCAUCAUUUGGAGCUACGUCAACACAAUCAGCAACCUCACCUUCAUUUACAACUUAUCGUAAAUAA